CAGUAAUACCUUGAAGUGGGGACCGAUGUGCCUUACUAUACCUACAAUAAAGGUGCUGCUGGUUUUCGACAAGGAGGAUGCACAAUUUAAGUCUUUAAAAUGGGCAGUAGAAAAACUCCAAUUUGAAUGUGUUGUAGCAUCCAGCGACACCCAAGCUCUGGAUCUUGUCCGUAAUAAUCAUUACCAUCUCAUUAUUGUAGACACACGACAUUCUUCUGGAUUCGAUCCCUUUGUUCUUUCCAGGUCUUUUCGUUUAUCCAAGGACAACCAUUACAGCUGCUUUAUCGCGGUUGUGAAACGUAGUUUUGCAGAAAAGGAAGAAUCUUCCGUUUUGAACAUUUUGAAUUCAGGAUUCGACAGAUGGUUUCUCGAGAGUUGUAGCCUUGCCGUGUGUUUGAAUGAAUUAAUCCUGAUUGAGGGUAACGAAAUCAUGACCCGCCUGAAACUCCAAGCUGCGCAGUCGCUCUUUACAGCACUGGAAAACUCCCAUGAUGCUGUUGUUGUAACCGGAAAGAACCAGGAAAUACAGUAUAUGAAUCAAGCAUCUGAGCAGUUGUUGGGGUGUAAUGCAGACGAAAUGAUUGGUAAGAACGCCUCACAACUUCAAAGAAUUGACUCUACUAAAGCAGAUAUGAUAGAAAACGUCAGCACGCACACGAAGAAAGGAAUCGAAAUGGAAGGUUCACUAUUUCGAAAAAGAAAGAAUGCCCAGCAAGUACCAGUGUGGAAUAGAAUGACGCCAGUGGAUGUUCAUAACGGAGUCGCAGAACACACAGUCUUGAUCAGAGAAGGGAGAUCUAUCUCUUUCUACUCUGAGAAGUCCUUCAUCCAUGAUUCUGACUUCCUCCCCUAUACACUAACCAAUAAGAAAUCCAUCAGAAAUCCUUCGUAUGAUGUCAGGUCUUUGUGUAGUGAAGCUGGGAUACACCGCAGACAAUCCUUUGCCAGAUUGCAUACAAUGACAAUUGAGGCACCGAUAACAAAGGUCAUCAACAUGCUUAUAGCAACACAAGAAAAUAGUCCCAAUUUCGUGGCCCAAGAUUUAGACAAAAUUUUGGAGAUAUUGCGAAGCACUGAUCUGUAUUCUCCCCAGUUGUUGGGACUAAACCAGCAUCGGCGACCCACGGAUGACAAGCUGACAUCAGACUUGAUCAGUGGCCUCGUCAUGAUGCCACACACGGAGGCAACAAUGGGUCAAAAACCAGGGCAGCGACGACUGUCUCAUGAAGUCAACCAGAGAAUGUCCAGAAGUUCUAUUGUAUCUCCUCUAGCAACUAUACCCAGUUCAGACACUGCUUCAAGCACAAACGGAAGUACUUUGGAAAACAGUAUGGAAUGGAGCUUUGAUAUAAUCGAGCUGGAGAGAAUAAGUGAUAAAAAAGCACUUUCGUGGUUAGGAAUGACUCUUUCCUCUACUUUCAAUGUCUGCUCUGUAUUAAACUGUGACGAAAAUACGUUAAGGAACUGGUUAAGCCUAAUAGAAGCAAACUACCUAAAUAACCCUUAUCACAACUCUACACACGCUGCGGAUGUCAUGCAGGCAGCUGCUUAUUUUCUACAAAAACCAAGAAUCAAGGCGAUAUUCGAUCCUUUAGAUGAAGUAAUAUCCCUGAUUGCUGCCAUCGUACAUGACGUCAACCAUCCUGGCAAGAACAGUGCUUUCUUGUGUAACACUAGAGACGAGCUAGCGAUUCUCUACAAUGACUUGUCUGUUUUGGAGAGUUACCAUGCGGCAAGAGCUUUUAGACUGACUUUGUCGGACAAAAAUGUCAAUAUCCUACAAAACUUGGAUAGGGAUACUUACCAAUUUGUCCGAGAGUCCAUUAUUGACAUGGUUCUGGCCACCGAGAAUAUUGACGAACUGUGGGGGAAUUACACUUCUUUACAGACUGAUGAAGAAAAAGCGAAAGGCUUACCUGUCGUGAUGCCUACCUUUGACAGAACAACAAUUAGUCUCCCUAAGGCACAAAUGGGAUUCAUUGACUACUUUAUCAAUGAUAUGUUUUCGAGUUGGGAUGCUUUCGGAGAUUUUCCCGAACUGAUUGAAUACAUCCAAUCGAAUUAUACGUAUUGGAAAGAACAAGAUGAAGAGAACCAACAGCAAGAAGUUUCCAAAGAAGAAAGCUGAAUCAGUGAGAAAUUUGAUAGUAUUCUUCCAGUACAAAACGUUUAAUAUAGUGUAUUUGCAAAGAACAAAUACUGGUAAAUUAACGUCUUGGUGAAAAAAAAACAAAAUUUGCUUAUACUGCGUUUCUGAAUGAGUAUGAAAAUAAAAGAGAAAUGUUCGUCGGGAGAAGAAAAAAGAGUUAGAGAGGAAGGUUUCACAAUGUUUUCCUACAACCCAACUGGUUCGCUUGUUGAAAACACGAAAUAUCCACACAUGGUUUGAGUAAAAUCUAUUGUUACCAAUCGUUUUGGUUGCACCCCCUCUAUACGUCAGCUUCUCUGCAUAAUACAAGCAUGGGAUUAUAGGUAUCAUUGUUAAGCUCCCAGUAUUGUUAAAUAUUUAUCAUUUGAUUCUGUGGGUAUGUCAAUUACACGUAGUUUGUGCUAAUGAACUUUGUAUAACUUUCACGAACAGCAUUUGAAUGGUUUAACGUAGUACAUGUUUGUUUUGUUAACAUGUAAUUUAUGGUGCAACAAAUAGGCAGUAUUAUUUUAUGCUUGUUAAAACAUAUAUUGGUAGACAGGUAUAUAGACAGUAAGUAGUACGUGAAAGUUUUCUAUGGAUGAAGAAUAUACACGUAUGUAGACUUCUUACGUAAGACAUGAAUAUUUUAUGAAUAUUAUAUUAUGUAAGGAAAUAUAUUUAAAAUCUACUAAGGCUAUUUUUGUGAGAUAAAAUAGUAAAUAAUUGGCACUAGAUAGACAAGGAAUAAUAUAAAAGAAUGAAAAAGAGAGGUAAUUUGUAAAUUAAGUGAACAUUGAAUUCGCGUAGAAAAAUCUGGUUAGCUAUAAAGAAGCUUGUUAUUUUUUUAUUGCCAGUAUUCAAGUAAAGUUUCUUUAUUGGCAUGUCUAAUUAUGCUCAUUUAUACCUAAUGCUAACUCAAUGAGAAUAAUUUUAGUUUUAACAGCAAGAAAUAUAAACAUUUCGUCUUCCGCAUAUUAAACAUGUAGUAUUCUUUAUACGCUUUUAAUUUAAAAAUACAAGAAUAGUUGCCAAAGUAAAUCUUUAUUUAAACAAAUAAUGAUUAAAAGUUUAGUUGGGAAGUGGGAAGGAAGCCAGUAUGAUAAAAAAAAAAUAACUAUGUAAAAUUGUAUUCAGAAAACAAACAAUAAUAAACUCUCUACAAUGUGACAGUAAUAAUAAUUAUUAUUAUCAAUUGUUGUUUAAGACUCAUAACUUAGGUAAAUUAAUACGGACUUUUCUCUACCUUAAAAUACCUUUAUUUGCGAGCUUUCGGCCCUCUUAUCGGAGCCUUCAUCGGGCAAC